CUUCGAUAUAAGCACAUGUAUCUUAUAAGAGUGUAUUUUUAAGCCGGAAAAGGCAAACAAUUGUAUAAAACCAAUAUGACAUAUAACAGAUAUAAAUAGAUCUUACCUAUAAAAUGGAUACAGUUGCCAAGAGAAACUGGAGUCCAAGAAAUAUUAGAAAAGACGGAUCAUUGAGACGCUCUCGAAGUUAUUCGAGUGAAGAUGAAGAAUCGAUUGGCUUACGGGCAGACUUGGCUUCUCCUUUCAAUGAACCAAAUGUUGCAUUCGUAUUUGAAGAAAGAAAGCUGUAUGUUGAAAGAGAACAACUUAUAGCUGUGUCACCUGUGUUUGAAGCAAUGUUCAGUUCUAAGUUUAAGGAAGGAUCAAAAAAAGAAAUAUCCUUACCUGGGAAAAACCUUAAUCAUUUUGUUCGUUUUCUACGAUACCUUUGUCCGGGAUUCGAUGAUGAAUUAACAGAAGACACUGUUCAUCUGAUGUUGCCUUUAGCUAAUGAAUAUCAAACUGAUGAUUUAAAGAACAGAAUCGAAAGGUUCCUUGUCAGCAGUGUUUUGUGUGAGCUAGAAUUCAUUUCUUCGGAACAAAUUAUUUUGAAUAUACUUGAAGCGGAACUUUACAAACUAUCUAACUAUCUGGAUGCAUGCAUUCAGGUUGCGUCUCGGAAAAUGUUUGAUAACUUGACAAAAAGUCUCAAAUUCGAGGAAAUUUCUCAGAACACGCAACUUAAAAUCAGCUUUAAGCGCUGGGAAGAUAUAGAUAAGACUUAUAAAAAUGAGGUUGAAGAAAAAUUCAAGUCCACAGCACGCAUGCAAUCACCGGGGCCCACAGUGUUAGGAUCCUUUAAUCAACAUGAAAACUAUUUACCAAAUUUUGGCCUAAAAAUAAAACCACACAUGCAAGAAAACUAAUUUGAA